UAGGAGCAGAGGAAGCCGGGCGGCCAUCUUGGAUCAUCCAGGAGCGGCGGCGUUGUUGCCGCCGCCGCUGCUGCUGUGGCUACUGGUUGAGAGAGAGAGAGAGAGAGAGAAAGAGAGAGAGAGAGCCGAGGGAGCUGGUUUGGCGGCGGCAGAGGGUUCUCUUCUUACAGUGUUUCCAACCCGGCAAAGCCUCCAGGCUGUGACGGGAAGGGUCUUUCUCCUUGGGUCUUGAGCCUUCCCCUUUGGGAUAGGGGAUAGUAGGCAGCGGAGGAGUUGGAAUUCUCCCGGAGAAGAAGGAAGAGGAGGGAGCGCGAUUAAGACAUGAGAGCCCGAGGCCCGGUGAAGCGAUCCGUGUAGAGUUAGAAAACGGCUGAGGGCUUGGCCCGCUUCCCUUUGACCAGCUCUGGGUGGUGGUUCUUUCGCAGCCCACAGUGGUUGCGCGGAAAGCGGCGGCUGCUUUCCCACUUUUCCUUCCUCAGCAAGCUGCUAGUUGGGCUGUACCGUAUUGCUGCAGCGCCCUGCACCUCUCGCCUUGCCCGCUCCCAUCUCUCCCGGCUCCUCGCUUUUUCUUUCCUCUUAACGGCACCGGACAAUUUUUUUGGCCCGUUUUUUUUUUUUUUUUUUGGUGCUCUGUGAGAAGCUCCUCUAAUCUGUCGUCCCCACCUUCUAAAGACCGUAAUCUCUCUAUAAGAUGAUACCUGAAGAUUCCCAGGGGGAUAUAAUGCUCCAUUAUCAGACUGGAAGAUAGAUGAGAAAGAGGGGGUAGCGGUGGUGGAGAAAAAAAAAAUCACUCAAAUUUCUCUUCCCCCCCGUACUACCUUUUCCUUAGAUGGUGGCACUUGAUAACUGCUAUCAUGCUGUAAAAUCACAUUUUUUUUGUAAAUAUAUAUAUGUAUAUGUGUUCGGAGGGAGGGAGGUGUUAGGAUUUUUUUAUUUUAUUUUUAUAUAAUAAAUAGUUGGAUUUUGCCAUUGCAAACGGUGCUUCAGCUAAGUGAAUGAAAAUGUCUACUAGAACUCCAUUGCCCACGGUGAAUGAACGGGACACUGAAAACCAUACCUCUCACAGUGAAGGACGACAGGAAAUUUCCUCCCGCACUAGUCGGUCUGGGGCUCGCUGUAGGAAUUCUAUAGCUUCUUGUGCAGAUGAGCAGCCUCAUAUUGGAAAUUACAGACUCCUUAAGACAAUUGGAAAGGGAAAUUUUGCAAAAGUGAAGCUGGCCAGACACAUCCUUACUGGCAGAGAGGUUGCAAUAAAAAUAAUUGACAAAACUCAAUUGAAUCCAACUAGUCUACAAAAGCUGUUUAGGGAAGUAAGGAUAAUGAAGAUUUUAAAUCAUCCUAACAUAGUUAAAUUAUUUGAAGUAAUUGAGACUGAAAAAACACUCUACUUAAUCAUGGAAUAUGCAAGUGGAGGGGAGGUAUUUGAUUAUCUAGUUGCACAUGGAAGAAUGAAGGAAAAAGAAGCAAGAGCAAAAUUUAGACAGAUAGUAUCUGCAGUGCAGUAUUGCCACCAAAAGCAUAUUGUUCACAGAGAUCUCAAGGCUGAAAAUCUAUUACUUGAUGCAGACAUGAACAUUAAAAUAGCCGAUUUUGGUUUUAGUAACGAGUUUACAGUUGGUAAUAAACUGGACACAUUUUGUGGCAGUCCUCCCUAUGCUGCUCCAGAACUCUUCCAAGGCAAGAAAUAUGAUGGACCUGAAGUAGACGUUUGGAGCUUAGGUGUCAUUCUUUAUACUCUUGUGAGUGGAUCUCUGCCUUUUGAUGGACAGAACCUAAAGGAACUCAGAGAGAGAGUGUUAAGAGGAAAAUACAGGAUUCCUUUCUACAUGUCAACAGAUUGUGAAAACCUGCUAAAACGUUUCCUGGUGCUAAAUCCAACUAAAAGAGGCACUCUUGAGCAAAUAAUGAAGGACAGAUGGAUCAAUGCAGGACACGAGGAUGAUGAACUUAAACCUUUUGUGGAACCAGAAUUAGACAUCGCAGACCAGAAGAGAAUAGAUAUUAUGGUUGGAAUGGGAUAUUCUCAAGAAGAAAUUCAGGAAUCUCUCAGUAAAAUGAAAUAUGAUGAAAUCACUGCUACAUACUUACUACUGGGGAGGAAAUCAUCAGAGUUGGAUGCUAGUGACUCAAGCUCUAGCAGCAACCUUUCUCUUGCUAAAGUCAGGCCAAGUAGCGAUCUCAACAAUAGCACUGGACAGUCUCCACAUCACAAAGUUCAAAGAAAUAUAUCUUCUAGCCAGAAGCAGCGAAGGUACAGCGACCAUGCUGGUCCAUCUAUUCCUCCAGUAGUAGCAUAUCCUAAAAGGAGCCAGACAAGUACUACUGACAAUGACCUCAAAGAAGAAGGGAUUCCAUCAAGGAAGUCCAGCAGCAGUGCAGCUGGAGGAAAAGGAAUUGCUCCUGCUAGCCCUAUGCUUGGGAAUGCAAGCAAUCCAAAUAAAGCUGAUAUACCUGAGCGUAAAAGAAGUUCUGUUACACCCAAUAGCAACACUACACCUGGAGCUAUGACACGGCGAAACACUUAUGUUUGUAGUGAACGAACUGCUGCAGACAGACACUCGGUAAUUCAAAAUGGCAAGGAAAGCAGUACCAUUCCUGAUCAGAGAACACCAGUUGCUUCAACUCACAGUAUCAGCAGUGCAACAACACCCGAUCGUAUCCGAUUCCCAAGAGGAACUGCCAGCCGUAGUACUUUCCAUGGUCAGCUUAGAGAAAGGCGCACUGCCACCUAUAAUGGACCCCCUGCGUCACCUAGUUUAUCUCAUGAGGCAACACCACUUUCACAGACACGAAGUAGGGGCUCCACUAAUUUGUUCAGUAAAUUGACUUCAAAGCUGACUAGAAGAAACAUGUCAUUCAGGUUUAUCAAAAGGCUCCCGACUGAAUAUGAGAGGAAUGGGAGAUAUGAGGGCUCAAGUCGUAACGUGGCUGUUGAUCAGAAGGAUGACAGCAAGGAAGCCAAACCCCGUUCACUACGAUUUACUUGGAGCAUGAAAACUACCAGUUCAAUGGAUCCUAAUGAUAUGAUGAGGGAAAUUCGCAAGGUCCUGGAUGCCAAUAAUUGUGACUAUGAACAGAGGGAACGUUUCUUGCUUUUCUGUGUCCAUGGGGAUGGCCAUGCAGAAAACCUUGUGCAAUGGGAGAUGGAGGUGUGUAAGCUACCCAGACUGUCCCUGAACGGAGUUCGCUUUAAACGGAUAUCGGGAACAUCCAUAGCUUUUAAAAACAUUGCUUCCAAAAUUGCCAAUGAAUUAAAGCUGUAAUGAGAAGAGCAAUCGAGUUUGUAAAUUAAGUAGCAAAUUCAAGUGUUUUUGUUUUGUUUUUGAGGACACCAAUGGUCAUGUAUAGAAUACUUAGGGCAAUAACUUCUGCAUCUUCUGGAUCGUGAUAUUAAAACAAAACAGUUCAGACAAGCUGCUGAGCUGGGAGGGAAGUUGGACUCUUUUUUUAUAAGUGCACUACAGCAUUAAAGUUGCCUAUGUAAAAUAUUCCCUUCUGCUUUAUUUCCAUUGCUUUGAGUCUUGACAAACAAUCUGAAACACACCAUGUAUACAUUUGGAUAUUCCUCCUGUUGUGUGGAUGUGUGAAUGUACAGUAUGUGUGUAUAAUUAUAAUAUAAAAGUAUUAUAUGUAAACAAUUCAUUUAUAGCAUCAGAACUGUAUCAGUACCUCUUCCAGGUUAAUUUUGGUGCUAAAAUUGAAAUGGCCAAGGUGAAAGCCCUUAAAAAUACUAAAUAAUCGGUAAACACAAGUUUCACAGUUCACUGUUGUGUUUAAGAUUAUGAAGGUUUGGGUUUGUGGGUAUGAACAUUAUUCCUGUGUUUUUUAAAAUUAAUUUACAUAACAUUUAAAUCCCCCCCCCAAUCAUUCAUUCUUUUCUUUUGCCUAUUUAUUAUUAUUUAAGUCUGAAAUCAGUUUAAAUUACAUAAUUAUGAUAAUGAAAAUUGUCGGGGAAAUGCUUCAAGGUUACAUGUUUUUUCCUUUGCUAAAUUGGUUGAGCAUUUUAUCCUCACCUUUUUUUUUCUAGUACACAUUAUAAUUUUACUUGAAAAGUUUGUUCUCAACUCCUAUUCAUUUCAGUGGAGCUGGUGCAGAGAAAAUUUGUUGCUAAUGAAAUACUGUAGAAACAGCCUGAACAAUUGAUAUAAAUUUUGCAUUUAGGCUACCUUAUAAUAAUGUAUUUUGAAGUAAAAUAACAUAUUCAGGCAUUUCUAGUGUGAAAAAAAAUCCUAUGGCAAAAUAACUGGGCCAGAUCAACAAAACAAAAGAGAGAAAAUUCUUGAAUUCCAGUAAUUUAACUUUCUUGUAUGUAUUGUCAAUGACUGAUAAUGUUAAUCAUAAACAAAACACUAUCAGCAUAGUUUAUAAAAGUGAGAAAGUAUGACCUGUCCAGUCAGAAUUUAUAUUUUAUUUGGUCUUUCCCAAUUGUUUGCUGUCCAGAUUUUAAAAUUGGUUAUGCAGGCUGGGAAUUAUGGGAAUGGUAAAAAAAUUUUUUAGCGAGAUUAGAGGAUUAAGUCUAUCUCACAUGUUUCAAUUUUGUCAGAGGCUUAAACUUCCUUAAAGCCUUGUUGCUGGUCCAGUCUUCCUUUAUCAUCAAUUGCAUCUAUAUAGCAAAUUCUGCCCUUAGAGACAAAAAGCUGUUGAAAACAGGGUGGGUGGGUGGAGAGGUUUUUCUGCCAAGUGACAUGGUAGCUCAUAAUUUUCAUUUGGAAAUGCUUCUGUAAAUCCAGACAGGUUUAUAUGCUUUCUUGCACAGCUUCAUAUUUAAAAAUAUUUUAGUCACAAUGCACUGGAGUUUAGAAGGGGGUUGUAAAUGGCUUAAAUCUUUGUUGUUAUGCUGGGUACAUAACUCCAAUCCCUGAACCUUUAUCUAAAUUUCUAUUUUCUAAGCUUGUGACAAAGCUUCAGACAUUCAGUGUAAUUAUGAUGACUAAAACACUUUUCAAGAAGGCUUGCUGAUCCUGCAUUGCAGGUGAUACUAAACAAUUUUAGGGUGUACUCUACAUGAAUUGGCUGUAACUAUCUGCCUUUUUCAAACUGCUAUCUCCACUGCUGGUCCUUACUAAACUGGAUAUGAUUUGUCUAAAUCAAAUCAUAGGAUGAUAUAAUCAUCUUCUGCUGACUGAAUCAAUGCCUUUUGAUUCAAAUUUGAUAGGAGCUUAAAUUAUCAUGUUAAUGAUAAUUUUAGAUAUUAGAUAUAUGGUCUGGCAAAAAACUUCAUUUAAAAUGUAGUGAAUUGAAUUAUAAUAUUUCAUUUGGAGGCAUCCAACUAAAAUUCAAUCCAGAACGGUAAUACAGAAUACUGAAUGUUCCAGACAUUUUUCAUCUAUGUGUAAUUCUCCCUUGAAACUUUGUAAAGAUGUUAUAUUAAUCCUACAUUGCUGUAGUAUAGCACAAAGUGACUGAAUUUUGUUUUUGUUUUUGUUUUUUAAAAAAGAAAAGAACAGUAUUCUGUAUAGAGAUAUAAUUAUAACAAUUGUUCAACAGUGGCCGUAGCAAGUACUGAUUCUCCAUUUUGUCAAAGCAAUAAAUAACAUUUCAGGGCAAUUCUUUAAAAUUUCAGGUGAGUAUCAUCUGUCCUGUUAUCUUUCCUGUUUAAAUCUUUUUAAGCUAAUUGAACUUUUUAAUGCAUAAAAAUUGCCCAUUUUUAUAUUGUUCUGAAGAGAGACAGGCCAAAAGUGAGAAGUAAAAAGGAUGUUUCAAGAUGAUAAUAUAUAUUCUUUAGAGUCUGCAGACUUGCUGAAUGAGAUUUUACCAUGUUCAUAAUUUCUGUGCUGAAAGGUAUUCUGCAAUACAAACCUUCCGGUGAUGCUAUAGGUUUUCUAAUAAAUUUGUCAUCUGCCAUAA